UUAGUCCUGCUUGGAUGGGAGACCACCAGAAAAUACCAGGUGCUUCAGGCUAUAUUUCAGAGGAAGGUAAUGGCAAAGCCACUUCGGAGUAUUCCUUGCCUAAGAAAACCCCAUGAAAUUCAUUGGAUGACCAGAAGUCAAGAGGCGACUUGAAGGCUGUACAUGCCAACAUUCAUAUUUGUUAUGCCAAUGAGAAAACACAAAAUCACACCUUGAGGCUUAUUUUUCCUCUUUGAACCACAUGAUGGCAUCAGAGGCUGUUAGUUCCCAAAGCCACAUUCUUGCAACUUUGGAGAGAACAGCGAAUGUUCAUAAUUUUUUGGCACAUUACUUGUUCUCAAAUUGUUGGCUGUCCCAACACUCCCAUCCCAUCCCAAAUAAUUUAUGUUAAUGUAUUCUGCUCCCUGCCUCUUGGCAGCUGCUCAUCCUGACAGCCAGCUCCUCUUCCAAGCAGGAAUCCUCUUCAGAUGCUUCUUGGGAUCUUAAAAGAAGAGGGGGGGAAAAUAACCAUUUCCACAAAUAAACAAGAGGGAUUUUCCAUCUGAAGCUGGCAUCAGUGUGUAUGUGUGUUUCCACCCACACUGUCCUUGCCUGUACUGCACUGUUUAUUGCUGGCUUUCUGCCGCUUCCCAUAGGAUUUGGAAGAAGAAAGUAACAUAUUUUAUUCAAAGACAGAAGAAACUCAGUGAUUCCCACCUAUGAGCAACUUUUUCCCAGUUGCAAAGUGAAUUCUGUGCUUUGGGGACCAGCAUUUUGGAUAAUAAGCACAUUUCGAGCUGAGAGAACAUCAUCAGAAGAUCCUUUGCCUCCUGUGGAAAAGGAUCUCUCAGGGGAUCUACUCUUCUGAGCUCUUGGCCUCUCUAAAUAUCUGGACCAACCCACCAAAGUCAAGCCUCUUUGACUUAGAAGAUCUACAGCAGAGGCACCACCCAAAGGAUCUGCUGAUUUACGUUUAUUUCGGGUCCUGAACAGAUUAGAAAGACCUAUAAACUCACCGGAUAUCUUUUCAACACAAGAUUUCAUACGUCUUUGGGUCACAUUUUGGGGCCUUACCUGUUUUUUGGUCUCUCAAGAUCUACAUCUCUGAAACGUUUGUGGGCUUUCCACCCAAACUUUAAUUUCGGUCACAUUUUACCCCUCCCUGCUCUUUUCAUUUUCACCACCAAUUUCUUGAUUUAGAGCUCCAUUCCAAGGGAGUAGGCAUUGUGCCAUUUUCCCAGCACAGUCAAGAUGUUCAGCUGGAUGAAGAAGAAUGAGAAGAAGACACCUGAGGUGAUCCGCACGGUUACGGAGGGCCUCAAGGACCUCUACAAGAGGAAGCUACUGCCAGUGGAGGAGUUCUACCGCUUCCAUGACUUCCAUUCACCAGCCCUGGAGGAUGCCGACUUUGACAAUAAGCCCAUGGUGCUGGUGGUGGGCCAGUACUCUACUGGUAAGACCACCUUCAUCAAAUAUCUGCUGGAACAGGAUAUCCCUGGGAGCCGCAUUGGGCCUGAGCCCACCACGGACUCUUUCAUUGCUGUGAUGCACGGCGAAACAGAGGGGAUCAUACCAGGCAACGCUCUCAUUGUGGACCCCAAAAAGCCCUUCCGAAAACUCAACCCCUUUGGAAACACCUUUCUUAACCGGUUCAUGUGUGCUCACUUGCCUAACCAAGUUCUGGAAAGCAUCAGUCUUAUAGACACCCCAGGGAUCCUGUCAGGUGCGAAACAACGUGUCAGUCGAGGCUAUGACUUCCCAGCCGUGCUGCAGUGGUUUGCUGAGCGUGUGGAUCUCAUCAUCCUCCUCUUUGAUGCCCACAAGCUGGAGAUCUCAGACGAGUUCUCAGAGGCCAUCCGGGCCCUCAAGGGCAACGAGGACAAGAUCCGGGUGGUCCUGAACAAGGCCGACAUGGUGGAGACGCAGCAGCUGAUGCGGGUCUAUGGUGCCCUCAUGUGGUCACUGGGCAAGGUGUUCAACACCCCCGAGGUGCUGCGUGUCUACAUUGGGUCCUUCUGGUCGGAGCCACUGAUGAUCUCUGACAACCGACGGCUCUUUGAGCUUGAGGAGCAGGACUUGUUCACGGACAUCCAGAACCUGCCCCGGAAUUCUGCCCUGAGGAAGCUUAAUGAUUUGGUCAAGAGAGCCCGUCUGGUCAGGGUCCAUGCUCACAUUAUCAGCCAUCUGAAGAGGGAGAUGCCUUCUGUCUUUGGGAAGGAGAACAAGAAGAAACAGCUCAUCAACAAACUGCCUGUUAUUUUUGCCAAGAUCCAACUUGAGCAUCACAUCUCACCUGGCGAUUUCCCCGACUGCAACAAGAUGCAGGAAAUGCUGAUGGUGCAUGACUUCACCAAAUUCCAUGGCCUGAAGCCACGCAUGGUGGAUGCUUUGGAUGAGCUGCUAACUCUAGACAUUGCCAAGCUGAUGCCGCUUUUGCGCCAGGAGGAGACAGAGGUCCCUGAGCAGAUUGUGCAUGGUGGCGCCUUCGAUGGCACCCGGAACGGUCCCUUUGUUGAAGGAGCAACCGAGGGGGCCUAUGAGGGGAUGGAUGAAGAUGAAUGGGUGGUGACCAAGGACAAACCCAAAUAUGAUGAGAUCUUCUACAACUUAUCCCCAAUGGAUGGCAAGCUGAGUGGCACAAAGGCCAAGACAUGGAUGGUCACCACCAAGCUGCCCAACUCCGUCCUUGGCAAAAUCUGGAAGCUCAGUGACGUAGACCGCGAUGGCAUGCUGGAUGAUGAGGAGUUUGCUCUUGCCAGCCACCUGAUUGAAGUCAAGCUGGAAGGACAUGGCUUACCAUCUGAUCUGCCCCGCCAUCUUGUGCCACCUUCUAAGCGCCGGCAGAAGGGGUCAGCUGAGUAAGGCUUUUCGAGAGCUUGCCUCCCAUCCCUACACCAGGCUUGAACUGCUCCAGUAAGCCCUGGUUCUUCUCCACCUUUUGAUCUUCCAACCAAGCCAGGCAUAAGAAGGUAUUUUAAAGGCUUUAAUUCCUCAAGAAGGUCUCAUACUUGCUUAGCAAACAUGUGCUGGAUUGCAUCAGGAGAUACUCCUUUCUUCAACUAAGCUUCAGUGCUACCUUCUGCUUUGUCUUCUGUCCCUACCAGACUCAAGAAGGCUUUGGUCUGCCUCAACAGGCUUUAGUUCUCUGUAGGCUUCACUCCUUCAGUUGAAACUACUUAAUUUGGUCUCAAGUUCAAGUCUACACUUUCAGCCUGCAUUCUAGAGAUGCCAAUGACCGAACAUCCAUCUGUAUUGGACUGGACUUUUCUAAGAUGUUUACCUUCCUCAGAAAUCAGACCCAAAGAGCUCCAUACUUACAAGUUUGUUGCAUAAGAACACUGCCUCCUCCAGCCCAGGCUCAGACUGUUCCAGGAGGCUGAAGCCUAAUCCACAUCAGUUUAAGUGAAAACCAAUUUCAAUUUCCAAACCAUGUUAAUUUUGACCUCAGUCCUGCUACCAGUUUAGACUCUAGCUGGCCCUAAUCCUCCUCCUGGGUCUCCUUAUCCAUUAGAAAUUACAAAAGUCUUGUCUACUUUAAGCCUCCCCUGGCAGGAACUCGGAGUGUGCAGCUAUUGACAGACAUGUGCUUUUGCAAUGUUGUCUGUGUGUUUGAGGGUGGAAGAAGAUGAAGCAGAAGCAUGAAGCAUGUUAGGAAAGAAAAGGCUAGAAAUGUUGUUGCCAACUUAUUCAAGCCCAUGAGCAAAUAGAAGUUAGGAAGGAAGUAUUUCUCUUAGCUACUUUGGCCUAAUUUUGGGGGGACAAGGUAAAAGUGGUCCAUCUUCCCAUAGCUGUGGUAAUGGAGAGGGAUACAAAAUGUGUCUCUAGGCCUACUGUUCCUUUCCAUUUGAUGCAUGUGUUCUCAUGAUACUGAUGUACAGGAUACAUGGGAAGGCUAUAGUUUUACUGGAGGAAGUGAAGGAGGGUGUAUGUUGGUUUUCUUCACCAUACAGACAAAAGUAUGCCUUCAUUAAGAAAGAAAAAUAUCAGUUUCUAAAGGGAUAAAAUUAUGAGGACGUCCUUAUCUGAUGGAAAGUCCCUCCUCACAGCAAGAACAUGGCCAGUAAGUGCAAAAACCAAGUUUGUGUUGGGCUGAGGACAGUUUUACAACUGAGCCAGGUAGGAUCUGGAAGGGGAUUUGUGGUGCUAGACCUUGAAUUCAGGGGGUAGGUAGUGGCAUGCUUUGGGCAAUAGUAGCUCAAUUGUAGUCUUUGAAUUGUUUCCCUGCACAGAGAGGGGAAUGUCAUAGGGAUUGGAGAAGGGUUUUGUUGUUGUUUUUUGGACUCAGCUCCCAGAAUUCCAAUGGAUUCUCAGUGACUAUGCUGUCAGGGGGAUUCUGGGAGUUACAGCUCCAAAAAGUAGCUUUUUCAAGCGUUGAAGUGCCCUCAGUUUGCAGGUGGAAUUGAAUGGUGUCAGCCUCCCUUCUUUCCAGAAGGGACUUAACAGAAAUGAGUCCCUUCUCUAGUAAUCCUUUACAUCUUUGGGGAAACCCAUGAGGGAUCAAUUUGUCAAUUAUUUAUACUUAAACAUUUUUAUCAUCACUAGGAAAAGGCACAAUUUGGACUUUUCAAUUGAGAUCCUGUCCACCAGGUGUGUAAAUUAUAAUUAGUCCAGUGUAGCCACAAUUCCAUAGCAUGAAAUUACACCACCAUAGGUAAACUGGGUUGUGCUGUUGUGCAACAAUUUGGCAGGUACUUGUGUCAUUGCAGAGUACUUCUGUACACUAAGAGCCAGCCUUUGAUGACAUCCUAAACAGCACAGAUACUUGCCCAAAACAGUUUGAAAAAGUGGGAUGGCAGAGGAUUAAUCAAGACUUUGAAAUCUAUUCUUCUGCAGGUUGGCAAGUGACCUGCCUUUUGGUGCUGGGGGUAACUCCUUCCCUCUUCCAUUCCCACCCAAGGCUUCAAAAUCUCCUUUUUUUGUUGUUACUUCAAAAGUUACUUUUUGAUUCUGGGAGUUAUAACCCCCAAAGCAACUGUUCCCACAUUCUGCUCCCAUUCACCCCAUCACACUUUAUGUGUCUUUUCCUUUACUAGGACAACCAAAAUCACACUUUGCUCACACAUGGCACAAUCACGAUGCUCCUUGUGUUCCAAGAAGAUAGAUAAACAACCGGCCUAGAAGGUAUACCUACACUACCAAUGUUUGUUAGUUUUAUAUUAAAUAUUAAAUAUUCCCAAUCUGUCUGGGAACUGCUACUUAGUCAAAGUGCUAAGAAGUCUUAAGAGGUUCCUAGUUCUUGACAUAAAACUGUAGUUCCCUGGGGAGAGAACAUCUUUGGUGUAGAACUGCUCCAGGAGUGGAAACUCUGGAGGGCUGGCCAUUGAGAGAUGCAAGGACUGCAUCAUCCACCCACAUUCUCAGGUUUAGCAGCUACAUCUCUAUAGUCCUCUGGAGGACUGUGAAAUACUUCUAGUCAGGGCUAUGUGUCUUCUUUACCAAAGAAUCCAGGAAACCACGUUCUGUCCUUAGCAGAGAUUGGAAAAAACACUUUUAUGAACUACGUUUCCUAGAAUACUAUGGAAUUUGGAACAUUGUCAUUCGCAAAAGUGACUUUUCCAAGCUCUGCUUCACACAACUUGUAGAAUAACCUUUCCCUGUUAUUCUCCAUGCAUUUUAAUAGUUGUAUUAAUGAAGGAGUAUUAGUUGCUGUAGUUUUAUUCAAGUUUAGAUCUUUUGAAAUUCCACGUUAAGGAAAAAGGAGGAAUGUGUGGGCCUCCAAAUGUUUCUGAAGUUCACCUCUCUCACCUUUUGCCAGCAUAGCAAGUGUGGCUUCUGAAAAAGUAAAUGUCGCUUUUUAGAGCCACUUCAGGUCAUUGGCUGAACUGCUGUGAUUUCACAGAUUUUACAAUACUCUUUCUAGUUAGAAUAGUAUGGACAGGCCAAAUGGUUCCUAUGAAGAACUAAAGCUGAAAAAGGGCCCCAGACAGUUAUAGGGACUGUGGAAGGGGCUUCAGGAGGAGAUCUUGGAACAAACUUCCAAAGGAGAUCUGGAUUUUACACAUUGAUUCCAAAUAACAAACUAAAGUCCUAGGCUCAAGUCUUCAGUUACAUAGGUUUGUAUAUUUUUGCUUAGACUUGCACACAUUUCUUGCUUCUCUUUUUUGGAUAUUUGCUUUCCAUUUUUAAAAUCUAUCUCCAAGGGGAUGAUGAAGAGGAAAAAUGGAUGUAAAAGAUUUCCAGCUAUUUCUUAAACUCUUAUGGUUUAGCAACUUGUUACUUCUGUUAUAGAUAAAAAGAGGUGUUUCUUGUUGUCAGAAAGUCCCGAUUUUGCCCUGGCACAACUAGUUUAGGGUUGUGUGUAACACACAAUACAUUCCAUCCACUGAUUAUAUUGUUUGGAAAGCAGAAAACUAUCAGUAGUACUGUCCAAAUCUACUGUUUUUCUCCAGCUGCGUUCAUCCAGUCUCUGGAGGGUAACCAAUCCAGGACAGGUUUAUUUUCAUGUGAAUACUUGUGUUUGAACUUUGCCAGAAAGAACAACUGUUCCACCAGUGUUGCUUUAUGUAAAAUGGUUUCUUCUGAUUCUACUGUACUUUUUUUUCUUUCACUGUAGUAGUUAGCUACCUACUUCCUUAUCACCGUUCACCAUCAAGUUUAUUAUUAUGGCAUUGCAGAAAAAAAUCACAUGCAUAUUCUCAUUUGAUAUGUAAACAGCAGCUUUUAUCUGCCUGUCUCUCUUGGAGUUUGCCUUGGGGAGAGUAAAGAGAAUUUGGGGAGAUUUCUGGGCUGGGUGGAAAAGACAAGGAACAAGGCAUGAAACCGACAAGCAGCCACAGAAGGCCUGUGUGAAAAUUUGCAAGGAUGCAUCCCUCCAACGUUUUACAGACUAAAACCGGGAUACAUGUGGCCAACAGUGUGUGCUCAGGAUGGAAAACUGCCACACCAGUUAAAAACACCGAUCUCUGCAACUCAAACCCCCACACUCCACAGCCAGAGCAAAUAAUGCAAAUUAUCUAUAGAAGGAAAAAACCCAAUACACUAUGAAUAUCCUUGUUUACAUUUGCUUAGUUUUAGCCUGAUUUGUUCUGCUGCCAAAGCGUAUCUGGCAUUCCUGCACCUGCAAGGUCAUCCCCAGUCACUUUUACUGUAGGGGAAGGUGGGAAACAUCUGCAUCCCACCACCACCCCAUUCUUUGGCACCGGCAAUAGCUGCCCCAUCUAGAAGGAUGCUAUGGCAAGAGGACUGGCAUGGCACCUCAGGAUGAAGGCAAUAUGUUUCAUUCCAGCUGGGUGGGAAGUCUAGGGAUCCUUGCUGUCCAAUGUUUCCUGGGGUCCAGCUGCCGACCUUCUUGCAAUCUUCCAGGGAUCCAGGGGUUGCAGUCUGAACUCUAGGAGGGCCUUGCUGCUUUUUGUGAUGUGCCUCUAACAGCAUUUCAGCUGGAAUAAAACGUUUAUUUA